AUGUCUUGCGAACAUCCAGCCUGUUCGUCUGAAGCGCAUCUAAUUUGUUCAUCUCACUGUCACUUGUCAGUAUGUGAGAAGCAUCGAUUCGAACAUGAAAGUGAUCUUCGGAGUGAAAUUGAAAAGCGAUUGAAAGAAAUUAACGAUCCAAUCUCGACAAUACUUCUUCAAACACGACGAGAACUUGAACAGUCUGAAGAAGCUUGGCAGCGUGAAUCAAAACAAGCCAACUCACUUUUCGACCUUCAGCAAUCAUCUAUUGAUCAACGCUUGAAGUUAAUCGAGCAAACCAGAGAGUUGUUAACUAGAAAACGUGAGCAUUUAAAUCAACAUAAAGCUGGUGAAAUUCAGCUCACAAAAGAAGAUUAUCAAGAACUGGAAGUAGCUUUAAAUCAAAUAAAUAAAGAAGAUAAUCAACCGAAUCCAUCGAGUAUUCGUAUUGUGUCACCAUCGAUAGAUACUAAACCACAUCACACGUCAACAGAUGUUGAAUAUAUCGAAAUAUCCGAUUCCGACAACGACUCAUCACCACCUACGACUCCAAUCUCGACAAGUAAUGAAAAACCACGCCCAUCAACUUUACAUCUACUCCGUGACAUAUGUCCAUUGACAAAGUAUGGUGUUUUUGGUCUGGAAAAUGUACAAGAUAUCAAACGCUUUUGUCCGAUUGACAACAAAAUUCCCGUGUAUCUUUACAUUCACUUCAUUCGAACACACAAUAUUCGACCAUAUGUCGCCACUCAAUUAGUUCGAGCUCUUCGUAACCAGUGUAAUCUAAUGGAAACGAAAAUCUUCACGCAAAUCAAUAAGCAAACCCUUCAAUGUCCAUUUAACAAAAGCGCUCUGAAAUUCAACGAAGAAAACUGUAUUCCAAAAACACCAUGUUAUUCUUUACUUGAUCAAGAUGAUUUCAAACGACAUUUACGUCAAGUUCAUUCAAUUACCAAAAUGAACACCGAUCUAAUUUACGAUGCGGUGAAAGAGUACGGAACAAUCAGUCGUGUGCAAUUCGAAGAAGAUUUGUGUGAAUAG